AAUACACCCUUUUCCUUGAACGUCCACAUUGUCGAAGACGUGGCGGACGGCGACGAGGACAGUUGCAGCUUUCACUUGUUUCCGCUUAUCAUUCAUUUGAAGACAUUGUCAAGCCUAUGACGACCUGAAGUACCGAUUAUGGGCGACUUAACUAUCCUCUAUGGAGGCUUGUCACUCCUUGCAGCCGCUUUGAUAUCCAGCCGCGGGCCACCUAUGUGGUGUGCGCCGCGGCGAAGACGAAGCUUUCUGGUCAGGUCGACUCGGUCGACCGGCACUGAUGGCCCUAUUUCUCAAAUCUCGUUCUCGUAUGCAUGACUGAAUUCACACAGUUCUAUACAGUGCUGGUCUUCUGGUCGCCUGAAUCAAUAGUUCCUUCGGAAUCUGAGAAGAAGUAUCUUUCGAAACAGUCACCUUCGAAACCGCUGCCUCUUGGUUCCAUUCGGAGCGAUGUUGCCGAAGUGGACUUGACAGUCGUUAUACCUGCAUAUAACGAAACAUCACGACUUCCUGAUAUGUUCACUUCGACCAUGAAUCAUCUCUCCAGUAUACCCAAACGUACAUACGAGAUUCUCAUCGUGGACGAUGGCUCGACGGACGAUACCUCGGAGAUUGCUCUCAAAUUAGCAACCCAAUACCCAGACUGUGAUAUUCGUGUCGUUACGUUGAAGAAGAACCUGGGGAAAGGAGGUGCGGUGCGACACGGAAUGUUGCACGGUAGAGGUCGAAGAUUGCUUUUCGCGGACGCGGACGGGGCAAGCCGAUUCGAGGAUUUAGAGUUGUUGUGGGCUGCCAUGGAUAAGAUUGCUCGGGAUGAUCGGGCUGCUAUCGCUAUUGGAAGUCGCGCGCAUCUUGUCAAAACGGAAGCGGUGGUCAAACGUUCGUUCCUCCGGAACGUACUUAUGUACGGUCUCCAUACCAUUCUUCGCAUCGUCGGUGUCGGGCACAUUCGAGAUACUCAAUGCGGCUUCAAGCUCUUCACCCGCCGAGCUGUGCAACAAAUCUUCCCCUACCAACAUCUUCCUACGUGGAUUUUCGACGUCGAGCUCCUUUUGCUUGCGAAACAGUUAUCAAUACCCGUAGAGGAAGUUUCGAUCGAGUGGCAUGAGGUCUCUGGGAGUAAACUCAAUGUCGUCACGGACUCGCUGCAGAUGCUGAGGGAUCUGCUUAUUCUGAGGGUGAACCUCCUCCUGGGAAGGUGGAAAGUUGCCCCUUCGCCGCCUGCAUGUCAAUAGAAUUGCUGGAAUCGAUUCCUGUCCUGCUUGCGUUCCUGUAGGCUUUAGCCUCUAUGGGGUGCUGGAAACUGAGAUUAAAGAAUUGCCGUAUUGCCAAAUAUCCAUGAGUACUUGUGUGUCUUUCCUUCCCGGCAACGAUACCCGACUUCGCGCCAAGAAGCAGCGAAGCUUCUAACGAUCGACGUUGGGCUUCGAGCGACGAGCGUCUCUUUUCAGUAGAAGACAUGCUUGUGAGCUGUGCAUCCAUAAUUAUGCAUAAAGAGGCCUCGAUACACUCUAGGGAGUUGCCGGAGGUACUUUAGGAUGGACACCGAAUGAAAUGAAAACGCAAACGAAAUUGCUGUUGGCUCACUC